AAGGUAAUAAAUUUAAGAAAAUAAGGAAUAAAUUCAGUGGGAGAAGGAAGAGGAAUUAUUGUGGACAUGAGAAAAUGUGCAUUUUGUGAAAUUAAAAGGAAAUCAGUGAAAAUCUGCUAGUGGCUGUGAUAUGAGAGAGUUCACCGACACUGUGAAGCCAUUUGUCCAAAGUGGAAUUACCAGGAAGUGACUCCAGUGCAGAGAAGUCAGAGAUAGUAAGAGAACUUGGUGGCGAAGUGUCCACCAUUGAGAUCAUCAACGCAACAUAAUCUCAAGGUGAACAUUACACCAUGAGACUGAUCCACCUCCUACUGGUCGUUGUACUCUUCAGCUUCUGCGGGAUUGUCAAUUCACAACAGCGAAGAUCAUGGCAUAGUAGCUGGGAUGAUUUUGACCGAGACAGAGAUCCAGUAAAUAUAGCUGAAUACGAUGAAUAUAGUGUUGAGAGGAAUCUCGAAACGAGGGCUGUACGUGAAUUUGCGCCAAAUGCACAUUUUGUACGGAGGAAUGACGAAGCCAAAGUGUCACAAGACAAAGAAAAUGGUACGAGUGGAGUGAAAGUGAGAGGUAGAAGUCGAUUUCAGCCCUCAUCACCGAGGUCUGAGACAACCACACCAAAGGUCACAGACACCACGUCGCGUGCGUCGAAGUAUACGCGCAAUCGGCAAGCUAAUGUCCCAAAACGCCCCUCGACGACGACCCAAAGGUCAAGGAAUACCCCCGAGAGUCAGUAUAGCUGGCGAAAGGAUAUUAUCUAUGGGAGAAAAGAUGAUGAACCGCGAAAUCCACCGAGACGCUAUGAACCGCGCAACCGAACAUCCAACAUUAGGACAACAACGGAGGGUAAUUCAACGGAACUAUCUGAUGGGGCUGAUGCUUCUUUGAGAACAAAUAAUAGUCUUGUGACAAAGACUCUCCCGAAGGCGAAGGAUUCAAAGGAGAAUGUGAGAGAAGAAAGACGAAAGUAUCUACCUGUUCAGAGAGAAGGUCGUAGAGGAAGGAUAGUUACGACAACGGAAUCAUCAUCAACGCCUUCUGUUAAAUUCCUUCCAUCAACAACACCCUCACCUGCACGACCAACAACAACCACUGUUGGCCCAUCUACAACAUCCAGAAGACCUGCAGUAACAACGCUCGAACCAAUUGCAAAUCAACCAACAACAACCAGGUUACCUACUACAACGAGGUUACCUUCAACAACGAGAUUACCUACAACAACUAGGUUACCUUCUACAACAAGACUACCGACGACAACGAGAUCAGCACCUACUACAAGGCAAUCAUUUACAACGAGGUUACCAACGACAACCAGAUCACCAACAACAACAAAACAACCACCAGUACCGACUAAACUGCCAAUUGCAACAAAAUUGUCAUUUGCAACUAAGCUACCACCGGUUAGAGCAACAACGACCACAACAACUGAACAGCCUGCAAGUAGAUUAUCAAGUUUGACUAAGGUUUCUUUGGAAAACCCAAAGGUGAACGCUAUAGGUCCGACCCAGAGGACGCAGACUGAUGAACCACGUGCCUUGCCACCGUCUCGUGGAACGGCUCAAUCAUUCAUAAAAUACCAAUCAACCGGUGAUCAGACAAAUGAAGACGAAGAGGAAAACUAUCCGGAACAUUUCAAACAAUUACUGAGGCAGAAGCAACAGCAGGAGGGUUCGGUUGUGCCAUUGGAGAAAGCCCGCAAAGUUGAACCCACAAGGCCGCGAUUUAUUCCACGUGAGCGACCAACACUGACCACCACGAGCACAACGAGUCCCACCAGCACAGUGGGGUCGAAAGUAAGAUUGAGUGCAGGCAGAGACAAUGCCAAUGUUCCACCUAAACAACCGAAUCGUGUGAAAUUAGUGGAGAAUUUUAAUCCGGACGGUGAUAAUUUGAUACCUAACACCUUCCCCACGACAACGACCACACAGGAAGCCCCGAGUUUUGCACCAAAGCGCUCCAAAGUGGUUGUUCAGGAGAGCUAUUCACGCAUAAGUACGCAGAGUUCGGUUGAGAGGAAGAAGCCACAGAGGACACGUCCUAUUGCAUCAGAUUGGCGAGGAAAUACGAGGAAGCCAACAUCAACGGAAAUACCAUUUAUACCAACAUCCCUGCCAGCAACCACAACCGCUCCAUUUGCUGCAUCAGGAGAUUUUGGCACAACAGCAAAGUCAAUUAGCAAUUUUAGGAAUACCUUCAAUCCCUUCCCCAAGGACUUUGAUGACUUCGGAACGUACACACAUAACUACGGCGGGGGACAGAUUACACCGAGUCAGCCACACCAGCAGAAUGUGAUUCGGGGGAAUUAUGUAAAUCUUCACCUUCCCACAGUGUCAGAAACGCCAACAGUAACAACCACAACAUCAUCCCGCUUUAGCUCGCGCUACAGGAACCUCUAUCGUGCCCCAGCGAGCUCCUUUGUCUCCCAAAGACACGGUCCAUCGGCAGCAAUUGGCCAUCAUCCCGUUUACAUUCCCACAAUUCCAUCCAUUCGCACCACCCAUUCCACAACACAACAACCGGAAAUUGCUGUAGGAGUGCGUGGACCACGCGAUGGUAAAAUUAGAGAAUCAUUUGGCAAUGAUUAUGAUGCAGAACUUACCGAUAGACGUGCUGAAGAUGAGAAGGAGCGAUUGCCGUACAGUAGUGGCCUGACGCAGAGUCAGAUAAAUGUUGAGACUUCGAAUCAUUCGCCAUCGGUGACAGUGUCCAUCUUUAGUGCCCUCGCGGAUAUACUCUCCCAGACAACAGAAAGUAUUGAAAUGUCGUCUAGCUCCACGGAUGAUGCUGCAAUUGGCAAUAGAAGCACAAAUAGUAAUCGUAAGAGUUCAGACAGCGCCACUUCAACUGUUACUUUACCAGUUUCUACUAGCACGACUACAACGACAACUAGCACAACAACCAGCACAACAACCAGCACGACAACUAGCACGACAACCGCUGAACCCACAACAACUGUGGCCAGUGGUACCACAACGGAACAGGUAGUGGAUAUGCCCAGUACCGUUUCACAACUCCCUGUACAUAGCAACGUGGGUGGGUUUGGACAAAAUCACAAUGAGGAUGAAAAUGAUGUGUCGCGCGAUAACAGUGUGCAUCUCCUGAUGCCUGAUGUCUAUACAACUCCUUCAAAACUCCUUGAAACAUCCUCCAUACCGACUACUCCUUCUCCAUCCCAAAGCCUCGCUGCGUCCACAACUACUGAUCACAUUCCUGAAACCACAACUCCCACUGUUCCCGAUACUCCUGAUGUUGUAGGAGAUGAUGUCUCAAUGGAUAUCGUCAACUACACUACAAUCCCUCCUCUGAGCACAACACUCUUAUCCACAAUCCAGAGCACAGACACCCCCGCUGAAACUAACACAUACUCACUAAUUGAAACUAGCACUACUACCACAAUGACACCAUCGGGAACACAGUCCGUGGAAGAAGAUUUCGGUGGCAUGACUCAAACGACUGAGAGUAGUGCCGUUGUUGUUGAUGAUACCACUUUGAUCACUCAAGUAUAUCAUACAAGCACAGAGAUUCCCGUUGAGACAACCACUCCGGAAGUCUCAUCGCGUUUUGGGGAAUACAGGCUACCACCGUUGUCAAUUGGUAGCUUCCUAGCGUCUCGAAACUUAGAAUUAACAAAUGUUGAUGAUACGACAACCACAACCUCCCAAGAUAAAGUAUCAGUCUCCUCUCAAGCUGAGGUUUCUACAACUCCUAUAGUAAUGCUAUCAACAACCCCUGAAACUACAACAACAACUUUGCAAGAUAUGACAAUUGCAACUCCUCUAGCUAAGCUAACAAUCCACGCUGAUGCAUCAACAACGCCUUUAGUUGAAACAACAGCAACUCCCAAAGUUAUGACUUCAACAACCUCUGAAGUUACAACGACAACUCCCAAGGGUAUGACAUCAACGACUCCCUUAUUUGAAACCACAACCCUUCAAGUUAAGGCAUCAACAACACUUGAUGGUACGACAACAUCAACUUUCCAAGAUAAAACAUCAACAAUUCCCGUACUUGAUACAACAACAGCAUCACAAGUGAAGACAUCUACAACCCCUGAUGUGACCACAACAACAACUUUUCAAGCUAAACCAUCAACAACCCCAGAAGUUGAGGCAACAACAACGCCGACAACAACGGAGAUGCCAAUUCUUGCUCCUCGACGACGAGACUAUGUUGUUUUUGGUAUUUUACCAAACAACAGCGUAGUUGCGCGGUAUCCGGAGGAAGAAAUGAUCCGUGAGGACCAAAGCAGUAACUCCCUUGUGGUUUAUGGGAUCUAUCCAAACAACACGGUGGUACGGAAGUAUCCAAAUGGCACAAUUGUACCCGAAGGCACAAGAAAUCACGUUGUUUUAACUGAUAUUGACCCGAAGAGUCUCACAGAUCCCAAUAGUGAUCUCCAUCGGCUCUUAAGUGAUCCCCACAGUGUCACUACGAGUUCACCACACAUCAUCAAUCUCCUCCGGCGACUGAAUCAAUCUGAAGAGGCGCGUGCUAAGACUGAUAAUAUUAUCAGUUUAGUACCGUCCAGGGGAGAUUUCGGUCAAAAUGGCGGGUCAACGGAUACAGCGGAACCCAGUAGUACAGCAUCCACAACGACAUUGGCACAGACGACAACGAGAUUUGCAGGAACACAAACUCCAAAGACUUAUCUCACUCUGGAUAUUGAUCCAAUGGCAAAUCAAGUUCGGUCAGGUGCCGAUAAAGAGUUGGAUGGAACAAUUUACAAUUGGAAGCCCGUGACCACGACAACGUUCCCGCAGGAGACAAAGGUGGUCACGGAGAAGGAUGACGAGGAUAUAACAUCGAAGGAAAAGUCCGUAAUACAAUCGUUAACAACGAUAAAGUCACUCCUGAACGGGGGUACGGGGGUUGCUACAGAAGUACCCAAAGAUCGUGAUAAUUUCGUACGCGAUGAUGAAGAUGUCACCGUACAAACCACACAGACAAAUCCUCCGCCUAAGACAACAACAGUGCAAUCCACAACAGUGAGGAAGGAUACAACACAGCGUCGGAAGACAACUACAGUACGACCGACGCUCAGUGAGGAGCAAGAAAGGGAGACUUUGGAGAAGAAUUUGCAAUAUUUGCAAGAACUUUUAGGUUUAGUUACGCAACCGCCGACAAAAACAACCAUUGUGACUCCCAAAUCAACCCAAAGGACAACAUCUUCGGCUGAUCCGACAACAAGGAGAAUAACCACGACAACAGUGCCAUCAACCACCACCACACCCACCACAACUACAACUACAACGACGACAACUACAACCACAACAACAACAACGCCGAGCACAACGACAACGACGACAACUACAACGCCAAGAACAACCACAACAGCAACUAAGGCAACAACAAAACAACCAGUACGAACAACAACCCAUUCAGACUUCGAGGACUUAGCCUUCCUUAAUAGAUUGCGACAAUUAUUCAUGGUUGCGAGUCCAACGACAGCUCGACCGAAACCGAAGAAAACAACAAGCAAAACUACAACAACCACCACGACAACCACAACUGAAUCCCCAACAACGUCAAAAACACACAAUUUGGAAAUUCUUUUGAAACUCAAUGAAGUAACAGCAACAACCAGUGCCCCGUCGAGAAUUCCAACCGUUCAUACGGAUGAAGAAGACAUUGAAUUCCUGAAUAGUCUGCGGAAUUACGCCAAUUUAAUCAACACACCACGACCCACACAGGGACCCACUUUAGCGCACAAAAUUAUAGAACUAGCAUCGAAUCGAACAGGAAAGGCUGUGAGUAAUUUUGCCGUUACCACCCCUAUUGUUCCGGUUAAGUCAACCACCCUCCCAUCGACGACAACCAGCCGUGAUAGUCCGGAAGCCCUGCAGGAUGAUCUGAAGUCCGUGUCGAAGGAUUUGGAUUUGCUGUCGCAACUUCUUGGGCGACCGGUAUCCUUGGCAGACUUGCCGAGCCUCACAAAGGAAUUUCCUUCGUCCACGCGUGCUGCCCUCGGGGGUGCCUCACAGUCCACACGGAGCACAACAGAUGCCACACGUGGUAUUGUGGUGCGUCCCACGGACUACGGAAAGACUGACGAUGCCGUUCUGGCGGCUGUUCUCAAGCAGCGUGGUAUUGGACCUUCACACAAUGCGGUACCUGCUGAGGAGUUGUUCCAACCCACGCGAACCACGCCGCGAUCGAGAUUACCACCGCCAUCGCAGAGGCGCCCCAUAAUGGAUGGACUCACGUGGCUGUGGCGAACGUGGCAGGAGACGGCACCACGGCCGAAUCGGGAACAACCACCACCCGCAAGGCCACUCCUUCAAAUAUCCGGCUUUCAAGCCUAUCAGACCACUCAAGAUAACGAUAGUCCCGAUAGUGGAGGCAUCGAUCAGGAUGCGAUUCCGAGACCUUUGGAUGCAAACUAUGAUUCGAAUUCUAACAGUGCAGGAUUUGGUGUAGGUGGGCAAUUACUGAAUGCAGCGAUUGGCGUGACUCAGGCCGUUACACAGUUUCUAGGAGUCGCGUUUCAGGGUGCAACAAGAUCGUUCCAGAACGCCUUCAGCAGCACUCCAACAGACGAUCGUUAUUACCGAUUAAGUGGGAGAUGAUAGCAUUUCCAUUUUGUACUAAUUUUAAACAUUAUUCCUCAAUACUUUCUACGUCAUUAGAUAUUAAGGAUUCGAUGCAUAUACUACGUAGACUUGCAACAUAGAUAGUUUGUGGUUUAAAUGCGAAACAAAUGGAAGGUGGAAAGAAAAAUGAGAAUUUUAGGAAUAAGUUUUUAAAUUAUCUCAUCAGAAGAUAAAAAAAUAUUAAUUUUAUAUCAAUGCCGCCACGUGAAUUGCCCGAUUCGUCCCGUCUGGAGCACAAUUUAUUUAAUUUUGCUGUAUUAGGUAGGAAAUAAAAUGUAUAAUUGAUGACUACAAAAUGAAUUUUGUGAGUGUGUAAAUAAAGAUAGAUUUAGUGAGAGAAAAUGUAUAGAAAUAAGCGGAACUGAGAUAAGUCGUAUUGAUAGGGUUCUUUUUUUGUGAAUCAACUUUAUAAUGUAAAAAAAUUAAUAAUAUUUAAUGCUUAUGUCACGUAAGAUGCCAUUAGAUUUAGGUAGAUAUUCAAGAAGAGAGAGAGAAAUAUUGUAUUACGUAAAAGUUUAGUGAAUAUGUUAUGAGAUGCAAAGCUUGCCUGAAAGAUAAUUAAAUUAGUUAACAUCCAUUUUGAUAUAAAAAAAACAUAAAAAAUAAGAAAAAAAUUACUCUGCGUUGAUACCACUGCUU